AUGGCAACAGGGCGACUGUGUGUCCUGUUGAUGGUCCUCUCUUUGACUUUAGCAGAAGACUUUAAAUUAAAGUACAAACCAGCCUCCAAACCUGUCCGAUUAUUCACUGAGGAGGAGCUGAAGAGGUACGACGGCAGCGAGGAGGAACUCCCUAUUUACAUGGCAGUAAAAGGAGUGGUGUUUGAUGUCACCAAAGGAAAAGAGUUUUAUGGCAAAGAUGCACCGUACAACGCCCUGGUUGGUAAAGACUCCACCCGAGCCGUGGCCAAGAUGUCCCUUGACCCAGAAGACCUGAUAUCAGAUACUACGGGCCUCACUGAGGACCAGCUGGAGUCUCUGGAUGAUGUAUUUGAAGGCACGUACAAAACAAAGUAUCCCAUUGUGGGCUACACAGCUUCACGCAUCCUCAGCGAGGACGGGAGUCCCAAUCCAGACUUCAAGCCAGAAGACCAGCCUCAUUUUCAUAUCAAAGAUGAGUUUUAAGUUUACCUUUUUAUUUUAUUUUAUAAACAGUCUUUGUCACUGUGUAGAAGAAUCUCUUGUGAGCUCCGUCUCUUCACUUGACUUGA